AUGCCUUCCGAGAUCCAACUCGAUGAGAAUCUCUGGUUCCUCUACAUAUGCCUCCAGAAGUCAGACCUCAAAGCGAUCGACUUCAACGCCGUCGGUCUAGCAACAGGUCUCAAGUCCCCCGCAGCACGAAUGCGGUACACCCGUCUCCGGCGACAAAUUGAAUCCGGUUCACUAAAUGUCGGCCACGGACCAGCAUUCUCCUCUGCACCUCCACCAGCAUCAUCAUCUCCCAACCACCAACAUUCGCUGGAAAUGACACCAGCAUCCAUCCCCAAGAAGCGUAAGCGAGGCAGGAAAACCGAAACCCCAGUCACGAUCAAGAAACUAAAGGCAGGACACAGAGACAUUGACAAGACAAACGAGAAUGUCCACAACGAUGUCAAAGACACCAGCACUCUGGCAAAGCAAAGUUCAAGCAAAGAGGAAGACAAGCGAUACGACAAGAGCGAGGCAUCAGAGAAGAAAGUCGGCAAGAUCAAGAUCGAGAGCCACAGCGGCUCGGACGCCGCCUUUGACAGCCAGGGCGAAGAUGACGAGAAUUCAGAGGAUGAGAUGCCGCUCGCUAAACUGCGCAAGCGAACAGCUCUGGGCUUCUCACCUCCUCAGUCUGCGUCGUGCGGUUCGUCGAUGGCUGGGUAUGUGCCUGAUUCGGCAUCUGUCCCAGCGCAGCUGGGAUAUAGUACAUAUGCAAUUUCCCACUCAUUUGCUCAUGGGGCUCAUGGUUCCGGCAAUGAGAGUGUGAGGGGGAGAGCGACGUAUGUGCCGCGGGGGUUCAAUGCUUUGGCAGUUGGAGCUCAGAGUCAUCGUGGAUAUUUCGCUGGGAGAGCCUUCGGAAACAGUGGCAGGAGACUCAAGGAUGGGAGAAGUCUGUAUGCAAGCCCAUAUUCUGGUUGGGUUGCUGGACGGGGACAAGAAGAUCAGGUGGGUAUUCAUCAUGGGCCGGGAUGGGAGUAUCGUGCGAGGCUGCAGGAGCAGCAAUCCCAGAAUCAGCACCGGGAGGAGGAGCGAGGUCAGGGUGAAGGAAGUGAGGGGCCGAGAAAGUCUAUUUGA